AUGUGCAAGAAUGAUAUCGACUAUUUCAUGAAGAAGAUAGACAAAAUAGAUAAGAAAUUGAGGCCUUAUCUAAACGAUGUUGGUUACAGCAAAUGGACAAGAGCUCAUUGCGGUAAUAACAGGCACGCAACCAUGACGACCAAUAUUGUUGAAUCUCUCAAUUCAAAAAUACAAGCUGCCAAGGAUCUUCCAAUAACAACAUUGCUAGAGUACCUACGGUCAACAUUCACAUCACUAUCAAAAAGAGGAGAAGAUAUACUGAAUGCUAACUACAUCCAGUCUCUAAGAUUAGUGGUUUCAAAUUCAACAGAUUACUUAAAAUCAGUGCUUGAUCAAACAACAACUUUCAUUGUCGACCUCAAAGAUAGAACGUGCACGUGUAGAAGAUUCCAGUUGGAUGGAAUACCAUGCCCUCAUGCAAUGGCAAUACUAAGGGAAAUAAACCAAGAACCUUAUAAGUUUUGUUCGAGUUAUUAUAAGAAAGAAACAUUGUUGAAGACUUAUGAGGAAACAGUAUAUCCAAUAGAAGAUCAAAAAAUGUGGACUAUACCAGAAGAAGUGGCAGAAAUGAUUGUAGCAAUACUAAUUGGAAGAACAAAAUCUGGAAGGCCUAAGAAGAGUAGGUAUAAAUCUAAAAGUGAGAUUUCAAAUCAUAACAAAUGCAGCAGAUGUAAACUGUAUGGUCACAAUAGGAAGACAUGCAGAAGUAUGCCAAAGGCAAAUUAG